AUGAUCCAAAAGCUGGUCAUGAUGGAGAGCGUUCCUGCUCACUUGCUAUACAUAUUCGUUUUCGCUCUAUCAACGGGCCUGUUCGGUGAUUACUGGAGCGGCGUUCACGGCCACCCCAUCCUGCUAGAGCCCCCCCUACAGUCCAUACAUAAAACCCGGCACAGACGGGCCAUUUAUCCUGGUAAGCUUGUCGCAGCCCCGGAGCGCUUCUACCAGAUUGCUGACACCGCGCGUGCGGGUCAGUCGGUCGUAUGCUUAGCCUGGGAAGUCUUCACCUGGCUGCCCCAAGAAGCAGGCUGGAAGUCUACCCGGGCAUGGUGGGCUCUCGUUACCGUCUACCGGGCCAUCGUCAUCGCAAGUUUUGCUCUCUUCACAGCCUGCCAGGCACAGUAUUUACCGCUUCCUCUGGGAAGCUGCGCAAACGCGUAUGAGUGGCGAAAUGCGGAUGAUGUGCCCAAGGGAACGCCUACGAUAUGGGAGGUUCUGCCUUUGUCGUCGACCAGAACGCGGAAGGGUACUAAAGCGAUGAUUGUGCCUUGUGCGGUGUUAAACCGACUCCGUGUUUUUGAAUUUGUCGUCAUCGGCUUCCUCGCGAUCAGCAUGCUGGAGUCGAUGGCUAUCUUCAUUUGGUUCUCGAGCGUCUCAUAUGAGAUGCCUGAACCUUUCCCUUGGCUGCAAAGGUUAAAUCAUGCGGCGUUAACCCCUUUUCUGGCGCUAUCGGGCCUGUACCACCGACUUAGGGGUCAGAAGAAGGCAGGAGAUGAUCCAGGACGCGAAAUGCAGCCCCUAGCGAGUCCCACGGGGAAUCGGGAAUCGAAGCACUCAUCUGGAUGGGAUAGCACAGAAGAGGAAGAUGUGAUCAGAGUAAGCCCUAUGCCAACAGAAUGGGAGGAUGGAAUCAGAGUAAGACCCAUGUCAGAUUCUGCAAGCGAAGGACGGCCGAAUUACUUGCCCCCCGUGUAUGUGGCCUAA